GUUCUGUGCCCUCCCCUCGGCCGUUUACUGCGUCACUUCCCGUGUCAGGCCGGUGUGUGAAGUAGCGGCGUGUUCUCCUCCAUUGUGUGUCUAAUAGUUCUACCAUGGCUUCCCUUUCGCUAGCACCGAUGAACAUUUUUAGAGCUGGAGCUGAUGAAGAAAGGGCAGAAACAGCCCGUUUAUCUUCUUUUGUUGGAGCUAUUGCUAUUGGAGAUUUGGUAAAGAGCACACUGGGACCAAAAGGCAUGGACAAGAUUCUUCUCGGUGGUGGUAGGGACAGCAUUGUUACUGUAACCAAUGAUGGGGCAACCAUUCUGAAGUCUAUUGGAAUUGACAAUCCUGCAGCCCAGGUGUUGGUUGACAUGUCUAAAGUCCAGGAUGAUGAAGUAGGUGAUGGAACAACAUCAGUGACAGUGUUGGCUGCUGAACUUCUUAGAGAAGCUGAAUUGUUGGUUGCCAGGAAGCUUCACCCUCAGACUAUUAUAUCAGGAUGGAGACAAGCUACACAGGUUGCCAGAGAAGCCCUUCUGAAAGCAGCAGUAGAUCAUGGAAAUGAUGAAGAGAAGUUUCGGGCCGAUCUUUUAAACAUUUCCAGGACAACCCUGUCUUCUAAGCUGCUCACACACCACAAGGACCACUUUGCUAAACUGGCUGUGGAAGCUGUUUUGAGACUUAAAGGCUCUGGCAAUUUGGAAGCAAUUCAUGUCAUUAAGAAGCUGGGAGGAAGUUUAACAGAUUCUUAUCUGGAUGAAGGUUUCUUGUUGGACAAAAAAAUUGGUGUGAAUCAACCAAAACGCAUUGAGAAUGCUAAAAUACUUAUUGCUAAUACAGGAAUGGAUACUGACAAGAUUAAGGUGUUUGGCUCAAGAGUGCGAGUAGACUCAACCGCAAAAGUGGCAGAGAUUGAGCAAGCAGAGAAGGAGAAGAUGAAAGAGAAGGUGGAACGAAUUCUAAAACAUGGAAUCAACUGCUUUAUCAACAGGCAACUGAUUUACAAUUACCCUGAACAGUUGUUUGCAACAGCUGGUGUUAUGGCCAUAGAACAUGCAGAUUUUGUGGGUGUGGAGCGUCUGGCACUUGUGACAGGUGGAGACAUCGCUUCCACUUUUGAUCAUCCUGAGCUCGUAAAACUUGGAAGCUGUAAACUUAUUGAAGAAGUAAUGAUUGGCGAAGAUAAUCUCAUCCAUUUCUCAGGGGUUGCAUUGGGAGAAGCUUGUACAAUUGUUCUUCGUGGAGCAACACAGCAGAUUUUGGAUGAAGCGGAGAGAUCCUUGCAUGAUGCCCUCUGUGUAUUGUCCCAGACUGUUAAGGAUUCAAGAACAGUUUAUGGAGGAGGAUGCUCUGAAAUGCUAAUGGCCCAUGCAGUAACCGAGUUGGCCAAAAGAACCCCUGGCAAAGAGUCUGUGGCUAUGGAGUCUUUUGCCAUAGCUUUAAGAACGCUUCCAACUAUCAUAGCAGACAAUGCCGGCUAUGACAGUGCUGACCUGGUGUCUCAGCUCAGAGCAGCUCACAGUGAAGGAAAGAUGACAUAUGGACUCGACAUGAAAAAUGGCAUCAUUGGAGAUAUGGGAGAGCUGGGAAUAACCGAGAGCUUCCAGGUGAAGAGACAAGUUUUGCUGAGUGCUGCUGAAGCAGCUGAAGUCAUCCUACGUGUAGACAAUAUUAUUAAAGCUGCACCAAGGAAACGUGUGCCUGACCAUCAUCCUUGCUAAACUUCCCAGUGGAUGGCUGAGCUUGCAAACCAGGCUGCAUAUAGAUGCAGUGCCAGAGGCACAGUGAAAGCUAAACACCAUUGACAUCUUGGCACUUGAGAGUUGGGCCCACAUUGUGGUUUAUUUAUUAGUUAAUGCUUGUUCAUUCUUUUUUCCUCCACUGAAAUAAAUUUUGAUAAUACAGCUGUAUUCCUUCCAUACAAAGCACUAAAGUGUCAUGAGAUGUGUUUAUUGAAUGAGCAAAACAUGUUAAAUUUAGAGGCAGUUAUUUUACUUUUGAGCAGAAUCCUUUGUUCAUUUUUGGUAGGUCAAAUGUGUAAUGAGAUUCAUGACAAUAUAAUCCAUGCCAUUGGAACAAAAUGCAUUGAUGAGAACAUUGCCAUACACAGAUAUCCCAAGAAUUUGCCUGCACCAAAAAGCAUGAAUGAAGACAAUGUUUAUUACAUGUUUUGUGUGAAACAAAUUUAUGGAAGAUUUUGAGAUCAAAACGGUUAAAAUAUUGCAAGAAAAAG